AUGGCAGCCAAGCAAAUGGAAGAAGUACAGAGGAAAUUAUCGAUGCUAAAUUACCCAAGAGCCAAUGCCCCUGCCCAGUCCCUCCUCUUUGCUGGCAUGGAACGCUAUGCCCUUCUCGAAUGGCUCUUCUUCAAAUUAUUGGGUGAUAAAUCCCCGUUUUCACAGCAAAAUCUGCAAGGGGAUGGCGUGGAUCGGGACGAGGAAACCUCUCGGAUUCAAUAUUUGGCAGAGAUUGCGAAAUUUCUGGUUCUUCAACAAGGACGAGGAAGCUAUGAAGAUCGAACCGAAAUGCUUCAUCUUAUUGUAGAUCUUGUAGAGGCAAGCAUCUAUGCGGACAAUCCUGAACAGAGUGUUGACGAGCAGGUGGCAAGAGACAUACAAUUAAUGGAUGCCAUAGCUGAGAAACAAGCGCAAAUAUUUACUGAAGAGUGCAAGUUGUUUCCAGCAGAUGUGCAAAUUCAAUCUGUAUAUCCACUGCCAGACGUAUCUGAUUUGGAAAAGCAACUUUCAGAUCAAUCAAACAGACUUCUGAGUCUUCAAGAGAUGGUUGAUGAUCUAGCUUCAAAGCAUCCCUAUAAUCCGGACGAGAAUUACUCAGAAGUUGAAGCACAAUUGCGGGAACAUCUGGAAUCUUUUCUUGAAACUGCAAGAUCUUUUAACGCAAUUUACACCAAGGAAAUCCGUCCUUGGACACACAUGAUGGAGGUACCACAAUUACAUGGUUUUGGGCCAGCUGCAAAUAGAUUACUGGAAGCGUAUAAGAUGCUUUUGAAGUUUCUAGGGAACUUAAAGAACCUUUGGGAUUCACACGCUACAGUCGCGGCUGGGUUUUCUGAAACUGUGGCUGGUGAACCAUCUUCAGUAGUGAGAAUAAUCUCCGAGUGCGAAAGUGCAUUGACAUUCUUGAACUGCGAUCUUGGGAUUCUAUCUGCCUCUAUUGCUCGUGAGAAGGGCGAGGAGGUAAAUUAG